UUGAAAAGCUGAAGAGGAUGAUAUAUUUUCGAAGAGACGGGCUUGGAAGUUGGAAGACCUGGUUCAUCGAAUUCAGAGAGCACAACUUUCUGGGUUUCUGACUGCAAAUCUAAUUGAUUUCAUAAAUCCAAUCGACCCUUUUCAGAGAGAGAGAGAGAGAGAGAGAGAGAGCAUCGUAUGGAUAAGGGAGAGAAGGCGGGGAAGAUGGCGAUCAAAUCAUCAUGGGGUGCGAGAAAAGUACUGCGUGUGAAAGAGGAGGUGGAGGUAAACAUGAGAGAGAAUGGAGAGAGAGAAGAAGACUGCUACAUCCUUGAUUCCGACCCAAAUGACUCCCUAAUAAUUGACCUCUCCAAGCUCUCCAUAUCCAGUGAUCUUGAUGCCACAGACAUUUCUGUCCUCGCUGAAAAAGGCCAGGUGGCAUGUAGAGAUUAUCCACAUUCAAGGCAUCUCUGCUUUAUUAAUCCCUUUGAGAAGACGCCUCAUGAAAGCUACUGUGAACUGUGCUACUGUUUCGUUUGUGACAGGGUUGCCCCAUGCAAAAAAUGGUAUGGAGUUACAGGGCAUUGCCAUGCGAUUGACAACUUUUACUGGACCUGUCGGAGGAGAGACAAAAGAGAGAAUAAAAAACUGAACCGACGAACACCUUAAUUCGAUUCAACCAAUAAGAAGGAGGGUGAAUAAAACUCAACUCGUUUUCUGAUGGUGUUGGAACUUUUGGUUGUCAUCCUUGCAAUUUUGUCUUUGGGGUAGUUACAGUUGCAGGAAUAUUCAUAGGAAACUUCUUGUAGUUUGAAAUCCCCAGGUACUUGGGGUUGCAUUACUCUUUUGAAAGUGGC